AUGGAAGACUCGAGUUUGUGCCUUGGUGUGUCAUCAGGAGUCCCUGAUGCAGAAGCCCAUCUCAACAGUGCAGUUUUAAAUGGACGCUAUCCCAUCAGUCAGAAGCUUCACCAGCUCACUGCCCAACUAGGCCACGCCUUCCCCAGCCUACAUCGCCCACAACCAAUCCCUGAGGAGAAGGCAGCCACGCCUCUUGAUGAGAAGACCCACCACACUGCCCUGGCCAGUCAGCCUAUCAGCAGUCAGAUGGCACUUUUGGCCAAUCAGCUUAAUCGAGACAUUGAUGCAGGAGCCUUAAGUGGGCUGAAUGGUCGGGUUGAUUUGCAGCAGUUUCUCAAUGGCCAGAAUUUGGGCAUUAUGUCCCAAAUGAAUGACAUUGAGGAUGAUGCCCGCAAGAACAGAAAGUAUCCCUGUCCACUGUGUGGUAAGCGCUUUCGCUUUAAUAGCAUCUUGUCUCUGCAUAUGCGCACUCAUACCGGAGAGAAGCCCUUUAAAUGCCCCUACUGUGACCACCGAGCUGCUCAGAAAGGUAAUCUGAAGAUCCAUCUCCGCACCCACAAGUUGGGCAACCUGGGGAAAGGCAGAGGCCGUGUGCGGGAGGAAAACAGGCUCCUCCAUGAGCUGGAGGAGAGGGCCAUUCUCAGAGACAAACAGAUGAGAGGUAGUGGAAGCAUCAUUCCAACUCCCCCCACACCCCUCAUGGGCCUCAACAAUAGCACCACCCAUCAGCCACAGCUUGGCUCAGCCUGUGGUCUGCUUCCACCUUCAGGCAUGGGCACUCCAGAGACCCUCUCCCAGCCCUCCUCUUCACCAAAGCCCACCGGAGCCUUGGACGAUCCGCUGAACCCAGCCACCGGCUUCCGCUGCACCUUCUGUAAAGGCAAAUUUAAGAAGAAGGAAGAGUUGGACCGACACAUCCGUAUACUCCAUAAGCCUUACAAAUGUACCUUGUGUGAGUUUGCAGCCUCUCAUGAAGAAGACCUGAUAAGUCAUGUAGAGAAGGCCCACAUCACAGCUGAAUCUGCAGCAGGGGCGGGGUCAGGUGGAGUUGGGGGAACGCAAGUUGCCAAUGAGUUUCGCUGUGAGGUGUGUGGACAAGUCUUUAGCCAGGCCUGGUUCCUAAAAGGCCACAUGCGCAAACAUAAGGAUUCCUUUGAACACUGCUGUCAGAUCUGUGGCCGACGAUUCAAAGAACCCUGGUUUCUUAAGAACCAUAUGAAAGUGCAUCUGAACAAGCUUGCUAUCAAGAAUAAGCCCCCACAGCCCAAUGAGCAAGAUAUGGUUUCAGUGAAUAGUAUGAGCAAUCUAGCUCAGGAAGCCCAUGCUAACCUCUACUCUCGCUACAUCUCCUGUCUGCAAGGAGGGUUCCUUUCACCUGAAAAGCAGGGCCUGAGUGAGCAGCACCAAAUGUUGGCUAAAGCCGGAAUCGCUAUGAAAGAAAAAGAGAUGUUGGGCAAACUCCUGGGGCCAAUGGCAGCUGGAAUGGGCCAUGGGCUAGAUGAGAAUGAAAAGCGUUCCCUCCUGGGUUGUCUUAACCUGGUGCCCCCUCUCAAGUCCAGCUGCAUGGAGCGCCUUCAGGCUGCUGCAAAGGUGGCAGAAAUGGAUUCUAUCAACAAUUAUCAGGCCUGGCAGCUGAUGGCUCGUGGGAUGGCAAUGGACAGAGCCUUCAUGCCAAAGGAACAGCAUCCCCAUCAAAUGCACUCGGGGCAGGAGGAUGAGAAUGCUGGAUCAAUGACUUCCUAUUCAAAAGACAAACCAGACUACUCCAUGAUUAUUUCAACUGAUAGCUCCAAACAAAAACUGUCUGAGGCCCUGCAGGGAUCCAAGCUUGGCAGUGGAGCUCUGAUGUCCCUGAAAGAAGACAGCAGAAACUUUGAUGGUCACCGUGACCUUCUGUCACAUCACGGUGAAGCACAUACCGGCCUAACUGGUUUAGGAGGUCCCCACUUAGACUUUGGCAUUUCCAACAUGAAGGACAAACCCACAGAGUGUCCUGAUUGUGGCCGAGUCUUCCGCACCUACCACCAAAUGAUUGUCCACUCGCGCAUCCACGGCAAGGACCGCAGAAGCAUGGAGGAGGCCCUGGACGAGCGCCGCGGUUCAGCCAGUGACCCAGAGUCCCAGUCCAUCAGCCGCUCCACCACGCCAGGCUCGUCCAAUGUGACCGAGGAGAGCGCCAUGGGAGGGGCUCAUUCACAGACAGGCAGUGUCCAGGAUGACAGCCCACACCCCUCGUCCCCAUCUUCAGAUGUUGGCGAGGAUUUGGCGAAGGCAGCAGGGAACGCUCAGCCCGUCACCGUAGUUCCUGCCAGCAACAUCCCCAACUCGGCGGUGGUCGCAGUGCCCCAGCAUCGUGAGAGGGGCCUGGGAUCGUCCUCCAAGGAUUGCCCCUACUGCGGCAAGUCCUUCCGCACCUCUCAUCACCUAAAAGUGCAUCUACGGAUACACACAGGAGAGAAACCCUACCGGUGCCCUCAUUGUGACUAUGCCGGCACCCAGUCUGCCAGUCUGAAGUACCACCUGGAGCGCCACCACCGCGAGCGCCAGAACGGGUCUGCCAGCUCAGGCCAGUCUGCCGGCCACAACUCUUCUAAUGACCACAAAGACGACCACAGCAAGAACAGUGGAGGCAUAUUUGCUCGUCCAGAUGUCCUGAGAAAUGUCUUCAAAGGCAUGCCUCCCAGCCUCGACUUCAGGGGAGGACCUCUGAUGCCACACCAAUGGGGUUCUGGCAACAUGGUGUCAUCGCACGACCGAGACCGCAUUGACCGUCAUUUUGACCCCUCCGCAGAAAACAUGAAGCCGAACGAUGGGCCAUCACCUCUGAUCUCAUCGGAGAAUCCAGCAAGCUUCUCUGACCUUAGUCGGGCCUACCAAAGCAUGAUUGGUAAUGGAGUCCAUUUUCAGGGUUCCCUGCAGGCCUUUAUGGACAACUAUGUCCUCAAUUCCAUGAAAAAAGACCACAAGGACAGCUCCAUCCAGCUUCCAACCCAGCGCUACCAUGACAACGGCGAGCCCAAAGCCAAAAGGGCCUCCAUUGAGCAAGACAGGGAGGAGAAAGCUGACGGCAAGCCAAACUCACAGCCUGGAAAACCUGGAUCCCAGUAUGAGCCCUUGGAUCUGUCUGUAUCAGUCCGGCCUGAGUCUGCCUCCGGUUCCAUCCCUGGUGCCACCCUCACGAUCCAUGACAAUGUGGCCUGGCAUAGCUGCCUCUUCUGCUCCUUCUCCACUCCCUCUCUGGAGCUCAUGGCCUUGCACCUUCAAGCCAACCACCUGGGGAAAGGCCACCCACAGAGACCCGAAUCAGGCAGAGAGGCUUCGCCCACUCUGACCGGCAAAAACAUGUUUGACAAUGAUGAUGGAGAGAAAGGACCCGGAGGUUGGAACAACCACAUGGACCAGCCGUAUAACCCAUUUCAGAGUGAUUUCUACAGGCGCUUUGGUGGCUUGUAUGAUGGAUCCCCAAAGGGCAACCAGGGCUUGCAGGGUUAUGGUCCUUCAACUGAGGAAGUUGACCUUCCCAAUCAAGGCUUCCCAGCUGGAGAUGAAGACAUGGGUGACCAGGGCUCGUCUGGAGUGGCCGAAGAUGCUCGGUCAGAUGAGGAGGGUGCUAAAACCCCCAAGAGACGGCUGGCAAACCCCUCCGAUGAUGAACUGGAAGAUGGCCGAGGCAUGACUGAAGAGGAUGGUGACAGGAAUGAGAAUGGUCAAAUGGAGGAGGACGAGGAGAGAAGCCCCGGAUCGGACCAUUUCCAGAACCACAACAAUGACCCAAGAAGUGGCAGCACUUUGGGUGGCAUGAACCCACUCUCCAUGAACCAUGGCCUUCCAUUGGACAAGCAGUGGCAGUCGGGCCUCAUGUCUCCAGGUGGCGCUCCUCCUUCUGGACACCUCGAUCAACAGUUGAACAUGCUGUCUGUCCUGCGAGCGUAUGGCAACGACAACAUCCCAGUGUUCAACGGCCUGGGAGCCAGCGCAGGAGGGACGUCGACUGGGGGAAUGAAGAGGCCAGAUGCAUCCGUGCAUCUGUGGGGAGGAGAGGAGGACCCCAUGGCCCAAGAUCCCAACAACCACACCAACAUCGACAGCGACCUCCCUAACAACAGUAAUCUAGGCGACCUCGACGCUGUACACAAAGACUAA